AGGUAACGGCGCUGCAUGAAGUCUAAGUUGUUCAUUACUUGGCGCGAGGUCAUAGAAGUACCUGAUAUAUGUAAUUGGUCGUACAAACUCAGUGUUUAUAUAAUUAUACACAACAUGUUUUGGGGUUUAAUAUUAGAACCAAAUAAGCGGUAUACACAGACCGUUGAAAAAUCAUUCCAUGUAUCAAUGGCCAGUUUAAAUCUUUCAACAGCCGAUGACAAUGUGGUACAAGUAAUGUUAUAUUAUGAAAAUAGUAGUUAUUUAUUAUGCAAUUUAAAAAAGAGCUCAACAUGGCAGGUACCACUUGAUUUAAAUUUUCAAGAAGGAACUACGAUAGCAUUCAUAUGUCAUGGCCAUGGUCAGGUUCAUUUAACUGGUUAUUUAAUACCUGAUGAGGAUUUGGAUUUAGAUGAGAUAGAAGAAGAAGAAGAUGAGCAGGUACCACAAUUACUUGACAAACAAUCUAAGAGAAAAGCUACAGAUUCUUUAAAAAAUGAGAAAAAUGUUAAACGUCUUAAACAAGAAAUUGAAGCUGAAUCUUCUGAUGAAGAUAUAGAACUUGAUGGAGUAAAUGAAGAAAAUGACUCUGAUGACUCUGAAGAAGAUGAAGAUUCAUUAUUAAAUGAAGAAGAAACUGAAGAAGAUGAAGAAGAUGAAGAAAAAAAUGAACAAGAUGAAGAAGAAAAAAAGAUAAAGAUUCAACAAAAAGAUAAAAAAAAUAAACAGCAACAAAAAAAAAGAGAAGAUAAACUAAUAAUAAAUGGAAAAGAAAUAAAACAAGAAAAAAAUAAAGGAGAACAACAACAAAAUGAAGUGAAUGUUCAAACUGAUCAAAAAAAAAGAGUAGUAGAAGGUGGAGUGCAAAUAGAAGAAUUAAAAAUAGGUAAUGGCUCUAUUGCUAAGAAUGGAAAAUUUGUGUCUGUAUAUUAUGUAGGUCGUUUGAAAAAUGGAAAAAAGUUUGAUGCAACAACACACGGAGAUGGUUUUAAAUUUAGACUUGGAAAAGGUGAAGUAAUUAAAGGAUGGGACAUUGGUAUUGCAGGAAUGAAAGUUGGAGGAAAACGUCGUAUUACAAUACCUCCAGCUAUGGCAUAUGGUGCAAAAGGUUCACCACCCGUCAUUCCUGGUAAUAGUACAUUAAUGUUUGAAGUGGAACUUAGGAAUGUACAUUAAAAAAAAUUUCUGAAUAAACUUUUUAUUGAUAUUUAAGUGUUUGUUAAGUGACAUAUAAUGUAUUUUAAACUAAUAAACGUAAUAUCCUUUUUUAUUACUUAAAAAGA